GACACGAGAUAAUGUUUGGGGUUAUGAAAAUUAUAUUAACUAAUACUCAUAUAUUUAUAAUAAAUGAGAUUAAUUCUAUUAUUUUUUAAGUUAAUAAAUUUUUACAAUAAAUAUUUAUCACUCACCAAAUCAUCGAAUUUAAAAUUUUUAAUUUGACAAAUUGUCAGUUUGUUUAUUUAUUUAUUUAUCUUCCCGGUGUAAAUAUAGUGCUCAUAAAAGUCUAUUUUGAUUACAACUUUAAUAAAUAAUAAAUUUCUGAUAGUUACAAUAGUUAUAAAUAGAAUAUAAUUAAUCUGUGAAGUUAAAUUUAAAUAAACAUGUCACUUGACCAGACCGUCUGUGAAGAUCUCAAAGCUUUUGAAAGGAGACUUACCGAAGUAAUUGCUAGUUUACAACCUUCAACGCUGAGAUGGAGAAUACUUUUAGGUUUUAUUUCAAUUUGUACAGCAGUAGGAGCAUGGCAUUGGUUAACAGAUCCAAAUACAUCAGCAGUAUCGUUUACACAAAGUCUUUAUAAUCAUCCUAUUUUUGCAUUAGCUAGUAUUUUAUUAGUAAUAUUAUUCAUGCUUGGUGUCCACGGACGUGUGAUAGCACCAAGUAUAAUAACACAACGAGCGCGUAGUGUUUUGCGUGAUUUUAAUAUGAGCUGCGACGACACUGGAAAACUCAUCCUGAAACCAACUCGACCACUGCAUCCACACGAAACUUGAGAAUUAAUAAACAACACAGUAGUUAAUUUAUCAUCUUUAAAUUUACCACAAAUAAAUCAUGACGUUAUGCAAAUGGUUGAUUAACA